AUGCAGUCAUACAGCCAUCACGAAAACUCGGCCAAUUGGAAUAUGGAAGGAGAGGAAAUCCAUGCUUUCAGACCACAACCGCGUCCUGAAGGGGUGCCGGGUGGGGCUGGGGCUGGGUAGGUUUUUUUUUAACCCUUGCUCACCGAAUUAGGUUAUUACAGUCUGGUGUCACCACUCCAACUACCCACGAAACAGAUGUCAACUUUCCUUACAGCUAUGUAUCCGAGAACUUCUGUCCAACCUUCUGUCCACCUCAAUUCACUGAAGACAACUACAAUGUCACGAAUCCAACUACUUACGGACCGGAAUCCAAUCAAGAUGCCUUUGCCGGUUUAAAUACAACCUCGAUGAAUAUGGGACCUUUGGAGCUCUCUGGGACUAUCGACAAUCAACUCGCUGUUCAACAGCCAUUUUUCCAGUGCGAUUUCAAUCAUGUUCCGACUUUUGACUUGCAACCGACCGCUACUUAUACAAACCUCCAAUUUGACUACAAUGGUGUGCCACCUUUUGCUUUGCAACUCAUUGCUUCCCAAGCAGACCUUUUGGACAUCAUCACCCAGCCAAUCAUCCCCAUUUGUACUCACUGUUACAUGGCCUUCUCUCGUGAUGCAGAUCGUGCCCGUCACGAGCGAUCAGUCCAUAGCCCUGCUACCUUCAUUUGCCCAGUCACUACCUGCCCUAAGCACAGAGGAAGACCAUAUUCUCGCCAGGACAAGUUGACGGAACAUCUUUGGAAGAAGCAUGCUAAUUUGGGUUAUACUAAGAGAACUUAG